AUGAUCACACCAGAAGCCGAAGCCCGCUCGCGCGAUAUGCAGGAGCGCACGUUCUGCAAGUGGUUAAACACCAAACUUGAAGCACAUGGAUACCCGACAAUGAGCUCGCUGGUCAAAGAUCUAUCGGAUGGUGUCCGACUUAUUCAGCUCAUGGUGCGCCCUAGCGACACCUCUCUCGGGCGAUAUAACAAGAACCCACGAAUGCGCGUACAGAAAGCCGAGAAUGUCAACAAAGCCCUCGAGUUCAUUCGCCAGCGGAACGUCAAGCUCACGAACAUCGGUCCAGAAGAUAUUAUCGACGGAAAUCUGAAGCUCAUUCUCGGUAUGAUAUGGACACUUAUUCUGCGGUUUACCAUCGCAGAUAUCAGAUGCGCGCUCAUCCACUGUCACCGCCCCGACCUCCUCGACUACCCUUCGCUCGACAAGCAACUCCUUGAAGUGGAAGAUUUGUGCGACUCGGCGCACCCUGAUGAACGGAGUGUUAUGACGUACAUUGCGAGUUUCUUCCAUGCGUUUUCAACGAUGGACCAGGCAGAAACGGUUUCGCGGCGCGUGGAGAAGUUUGCGGAGCUCAUGCAGUCUGUCUGGUUGAUUAGAAAUGACUAUGAAAGACGCGUGCGGUUGCUCCUGUCUUCUCUAUCCGACAUCCAAGCCCAAUGGGCUCUCACGCCGACCUCAUCAUGUACCUCGUACCCAGCAGCAAAAGCCCUCUCCGCCUCCUUCACUCAGUACAAGUCCACAACGAAGCGCACAUGGGUCGCUGAGCGCCAGGAUCUGGCGACCCUGUUUGGGAAUGUGCAAACAAAGUUGAAGACGUAUGGCCUAAGGGAGUAUGUGCCCCCCGCGGGACUCACUCUGGCGGAUGUGGAUGAGGCGUGGGAAAAGCUUGGACGGGUGGAGGGUGAGAGGUGGAGAGGGGUGAAUGCGAAGAUAAGAGAAAUCAAGGAAGACCUGCGAAAGCGCUUCGCAUCACUCGCACACGCUUUCGAGCGGUCCUUGCAAGACGUUUCCUCCUCCCUUGCCUCGCUCUCCGGCCCGCUCGAGUCCCAGCAGGCGCAGGUACAACAUAUCCAGACACACCGCCUACCGCAGCUAUCGGCAUCGCUCAAGGAGCUUGCAGAGGCCGAGGCGGCAUGCGAGGCUGCGAAUGUGGAAGAAAAUGAUUACACAGUGUUUACGUGCCAGGAUCUGGAAUUUGAGUUGGAGCUUGUUGUGCAUGGGGUUGCGAAGAAGAUUGGGUUUAUUGAUAAUCAGAUCGUUUCGCGGAAUAUGACGAACUUGACCCCAGCGCAGUUGGAAGAAUUCGAGAGCACGUUCCGGUACUUUGACAAGGAUGAGACGAAUACGCUCAACCUGGCUGAGAUGAUUGCGGCGCUUGCGAGUUUGGGAAUUGUGUACUCGGAGGAGGACAUGGAUCUGAUAUACGAGCAACUCGUGAGCGAGUAUGGAAACGUCACGUUUGAGGCAUUUAUUAAUCUCUUAGUGGAGAUUACGGAGGAUCAGACGUCGCCAGACCAGCUGCGUGAGGCGUUCAGAGGUAUUGCAAAAGACAAGCCAUUCGUCACAGAGCUCGACCUGCGUCUUGCCCACCUACCUGCAGCAUCAAUCGAGUAUCUACGCGAGGCAAUGCCCAAGGCUCCUGGUCCGGAGAGCAACAACAACGGCAGUAGUAGUGGUGGUGCUGGCGGUGAAGCAGAAUAUGACUAUGAUCGAUUCAUCGACGAGGUGUUUGGGAGCACGACAUAG